AUGCUCAUAGUUGCAUUGCUGCAAAUAUAAACAGCUGCUUCACUUACUGCUAUGCUACUCCUCUCCCAAGCAAAACAACAAAUUCACUUGCUGCUUUAAGAAUGAAGAAGAAGCUUUUGGCCAUGGUGCUUGUCCUGCUUUUCCAUUUCUUGCUGGCUGCAGCUUCUGCCUCACCGUCACCCACCGUCAUUGUCAUCGGAGCCGGCAUGUCAGGAAUUUCAGCAGCAAAAACUCUACAUGAGGCAGGCAUUCAUGAUAUAUUGAUUCUCGAGGCAACUCCUAAAAUUGGUGGCCGUCUCAAGAAAACUCAAUUUAGUGGACUCACAGUUGAGCUGGGAGCCAAUUGGCUUUAUGGUGGAGGAACUGUAGCCAAUCCCUUAUUAGACAUGGCCACAAAACUUAAGCUCAGAACUUCCCUUAACGACUUUGAAAAUAUCACAUCAAAUACCUAUAAACAAGAAGGUGGACUGUACCCUUCUAAGCUGGUAGAGGCAAUUAAUAAGGUUGCUACUGCCAGAAAUGAUUUCUGCUCAAAGCUUUCAGAAAGAUUAUCGUCUAAAAAGAAGGAUGUUGAUGUCUCAAUUUUGGCUGCACACCGCAUAUAUAAACAGGAGCCCAAAACGCCACUUGAAAUGGUGAUUGAUUACUAUUACAAUGACUAUCAAGAUGCAGAGCCACCAAAAGUGACUAGUCUAAAGCACACAUACCCUCGAAAUGAGAUCGUAGACCAUGGAGAUGAUGCAUACUUCGUGGCCGAUCCCAGAGGCUUUGAGAUUCUAUCUCAAUAUCUCGCUAAGCAGUUCCUUUCCUCUUUGACGAGUGAUCCCAGGCUCAAGUUAAACAAGGUAGUUAGAGAAAUCAUCUACUCGAGCCAUGGAGUUACUGUAAAAACAGAAGAUGGCUCCACAUACAAUUCCAGGUAUGUUAUUGUAUCUGUCAGCCUUGGAGUCCUCCAGAGUGGCCUAAUUGACUUCAAGCCCACGUUACCUCUAUGGAAAAGAAUUGCAAUAUCAGAUUUCAGUAUGACAAUAUAUACCAAGAUCUUUCUAAAGUUUUCGUAUGCAUUCUGGCCUACUGGCCCUGGAACUGAGUUCUUCCUCUACACUCAUGCGAGGCGGGGAUACUAUCCACUUUGGCAGCAUUUGGAGAAUGAGUAUCCAGGAUCUAAUAUAUUAUUCGUGACGGUAACAGCUGAUGAGUCGAGAAGGAUAGAGCAAUUGCCUGAUGAAACAAUCGAAGCAGAGAUCAUGGAAAUACUUAAGAAGUUGUUUGGGGAAAACGUUCCAAAAGCAGAAUCAAUUCUUGUACCCAGAUGGGGCAUGGACAAGUUCUACAAGGGUAGCUAUUCUAAUUGGCCUGAUGGCUACAGUCAAAACCGCAAAGACCAAUUAGCGGAUCCUGUUGGUCCUGUAUACUUUACAGGGGAGCAUACCAACGAUAAAUACAUAGGAUAUGCUACUGGCGCUUAUCUUGCAGGAAUCGACACUGCAAAUGAUUUAAUCGAGUGCAUAAAGAAUAAAUCUUGCAGAGGCUUUAACAGAAACAGAUGGCAUUGAGAAGGGAAUGCUCCUUCUGAAGGAGAAUCUCUACUCUGUUUUUCUGGAAAAAUUAGCACAAUUAUUGUGUAGGUUGAGACAGGGAUGAGCAAAGUCAAGUAGUUUUUUUUUGGGUGAAAAUAAAAUUUUCGAUUAGAAUUUAAAAUUGAGACUUCAUUAGCACUGAAAAUGACUUACCAAUAGCACGCUGGUGCAAAAUCAAAAUUGAAUUCGUGCUUUAUUUGAUCAAUAAUAUCAGCACGAGAAUUAUUUUUCAA